GUCAAUGUGUAACUCAGCUGUGUACCAGCUCCCUCUGUUCAGCAGCAGCAGCGUGCAUUGCAUCGAUCCCGCUUCCUGGAAGGAGCCCAGCGUGAGUUGCCUGGCGCCUGUCCCCCUCGUGGGCCGGCUGCCUGAGGCCCCCACCCCCUCGGCCCAGCCAAGUGAUGCAACCCUUCCCACCGCCUGGGCACAGGACGGCCUGGGAACGGCUCCAUCCCCUCCCUUCAGACAUAAAUAGGCCUCGGUGGCCAGUGGCCUGGCCAGGAAAGAGGCCACCCUUGUCUCAGACGAGAGCUUAAGGGUCGCAAGAGUGAACCCCAUCAGAGAUGGCUCCUGCUGGCCUGAGCCUCGGCGCCACUGUCCUCGGCCUCUUGGCCUGGGCCAGCCUGGCCGCCGGGGACCGGGUUUAUAUACACCCCUUCCACCUCCUCGUCUACAGCAAGAGCAGCUGUGAGCAGCUGGAGAAAACUGGGGCAGAGACCCCCGCAGACCCGACAUUCGCGCCUGUCCCCAUUCAGGCCAAGUCGUCCCCCGUGGACGAGGAGGCCCUGCGGGAAGCGCUGGUUCAAGCCACCGAGGGGCUGGAGGCCGAGGACCGGCUGAGGGCUGCGAAAGUGGGGAUGCUGCUCAAUUUCAUGGGCUUCCACAUGUACAAGACGCUGAGCGCCACAUGGAGCGUGGCCGGCGGGGCUGUGUUCUCCCCGGUGGCUCUCUUUGGCACACUGACCUCCUUCUACCUGGGCGCCUCAGACCCCACGGCCAGAAGACUACAGGCCUUCCUGGGCGUCCCUGGGGAGGAUCAGGGCUGCACCUCCCGGCUGGACGGUCACAAGGUCCUGUCUGCCCUGCAGACCAUCCAGGGCCUUCUGGUCACCCAGGGUGGGGCCGGCAGCCAGGCCAGGCUGCUCCUAUCCACAGUGGUCGGCCUGUUCACGGCCCCCGGGCUGCGCCUGAAGCAGCGGUUCGUGCAGGACCUGGCUCCCUUCGCCGUCACCCUCCCACGCUCCCUAGACCUGUCCUCAGACCCAGAUCUCGCUGCUGAGAAGAUCAACAGGUUCAUGCAGGCGGUGACAGGGUGGAAGAUGGGCACGCCGCUGAGAGGGGUCAGCCCAGACAGCACCCUACUCCUCAAUACCUACGUGCACUUCCAAGGAAAGGUGAAGGGCUUCUCCCUGCUGCCGGGGCUCCAGGAGUUCCGGGUGGACAACACCACCUCAGUGUCGGUCCCCAUGCUCUCGGGCACUGGUACCUUCCACUACUGGAGCGACGACCAGAACAACCUCUCAGUGAUCCGCGUGCCCCUCAGCGCCCAUGCCAGCCUGCUGCUCAUCCAGCCACACACCUUCGACCUGCACAAGGUCGAGGCCCUCACCUUCCAGCACAACUUCCUGACCUGGACCAAGAACCUGUCUCCCCGGGCCAUCCGCCUGACAAUGCCCCAGCUGACACUGCAAGGGUCCUAUGACCUGCAGGACCUGCUGGCCCAGACCAAGCUGCCCACGCUGCUAGGUGCUGAGGCAAACCUGCGCAAAAUCAGUGAUGAUGACCUCAGGGUUGGAAAGGUGCUGAACAGCGUCCUUUUUGAGCUCAAAGCAGACGAGGGAGAGCAGCCCACGGAGUCCGCCCUGCAGCCGGCCGGGCCCGAGGCCUUGGAGGUGACGCUGAACAGCCCAUUCCUAUUGGCCGUCUUGGAGCGAGAAUCAGCUGCCCUGACCUUCCUGGGCCGUGUGGCCAACCCCAUAAGUGCCGCCUGAGGCUUGGCCCUGGCAUCACCAGGGCCACCAGCGUGCCACCACCAGUCACCACCCAUCUCCAUUCUCUUCCAUGGAGUCUGCCUAGAGCCAAGAGCGGCGCUGCUCUGAGAACCAUGCUGUGUACAAAGGGUGGCAGCCCAGGGCAGGUGCCGGGCAGAGCCGAGUCUGGCACAGACCCCGUUCCCCAAAGAGCUUGAACACACCGGCUUAUUGGUGAAACCUGAAACACAUUCCCUUUUCACUGAGAACAGGCAUUGGGCUUUAAAACAAAAACAUCCAUUUUCUUUCAUUGCCCCAGACUCACCUAUGGCUUAUUGAGUAUGGCGACCUGCAGGAAACCACAGUGCCUUCCUUUCUCUAAAUUUCUUGGUAUUUCUUUCCCCUGAUACUUGUGGUUUUUGAAAAACACAUCAUGAAAACACAAGCCUGUGAAUGUAUGUUAGACCGUAAUCCUGCGGCUGGUUAUCCCUGUGUUAUUAAUAAAUGUCUUGCAACAAUAAACAAAAAGGAAACACUC